AUGACGUUAACCUCGUGGCUAACAAGCUCCCCCGAGCAACCCAUCGAUACCACCGACCCCAACAGCUUCACCUCUCUCGUCAACAAGAUGAACCUCGCUUCCAUAAAAGCCGACGCCGAAAACAGCUACAAAGAAAAGUACCUUCGACUCCGCAGGCAAAUCGACUCAGACACCGUUCACAACGGCCUUCGUGCUGAGAUCGCAUCUCUCUUGUCCAACAAAACCGCAUACGAGACUAAGCUCCGAGAUAUUGAAAAGGCGAAAACGAGCGCAGACAUGCAGGUCGUUGCCCUUGACCUUGUGAUUAAAGAUACGAAUGUGUACUACAAGUCCAAGCUGGAGACUGCAGAAGCGCAGAAUAAGGCGCUCAAGGAGGAAAAUAAGAGACUUAGGAGAGAUGAUCAGGAGAUGAAGUCUUUGCUUCUCUCUCACGGGAUUCGUGUACCAGCGCAGGUUACUGCGGAACAAAAUGACAAGCAAACUUCAGAAUCUGCGUCUGCCCCCGAGCUAACGGAUGAUAGCGAUAUGGACGAGGCAGAUGAACUUGGUCUUGACAAGCCGGCCUCGGGUUCAGGGGAGGUUUGUCCGCAGUGGUAUAAUCAUGGUACAUGUAGUCGGGGUGGCGGUGAUGUUCCCGGAGCGUGUGAGCUUGGCGCACAUCCAUACCUUGUUGGAUUUGGUACGCCUGUGAAGGAGUAG